GGCAGAUUCCGCUUCAGACACAGAAAACCAGUCAAGAUGCAUUAAAGAAACAAAACAAUUACUCCAAGAUCCUGGCCAAAGUGUUCCACAUGAGAAUGAAGUUUUACUCACGGCUGGCGUUGUUGCUCGCCCUCGUAUACACAAUCAUAGUCAGCCUGCCCUUCAAAAUCAGUCCCUUAUUUUUUCCCGUGAAAGUAUGUUUGUUCUGGUGCUCAUUCAUGAUGAUAAGGUUUGCCAGAGACCUCACUUUGAAAGUUGAGACCACCACCUAUUCGACGCUUUUCCAGCAGGUUUUCGGAUCUCUGCUGUCAGCAGAGUUCGCCACCCUCAUGUCUUCAUUUUUGAUCUCUAAUGUGGUGACCUAUGGUAUCAUAUGGUCUCAGUCAGCCAGCCUGUCGUACUAUAUCGAGAGCCCCACAAAAACUAUCAAGCCCUUUGUCAACGAUAAGUUCCUUUAUUUCUGGUUUUUUGCCUUCACCAGCACGCUAGUUUACACAGUGCUCUUCCUCACGAAAGGGAAGAACCAAUUGAAGUUCAGGGUUGGUGUUUACAGAGUCGAACCUCUAGAAUACCUCAAGAAUCUGCCAUUGUUGGAGAUUUUGAAAGAGACCAGCAUUUUCAGCAUUUCAGUGACUCUCGCUAUGCCCCCAUUAUUCCUCAUGGUUAGAAAGUUCAUGUUCAACACUCUCUUGUUCCCAUUCAUUUGGUUGCUGAGUCUCAACACGCAUCUUCCUAGAGUCUCCAUUUCGUUAUCACUAUACUUUAGCUUGUUCUUGCUCACAUUCACCACAAUCUUACUCUACGAGGUUCUGAACGAAAUCUACAAUGCUUAUGCCAUGGUGGGGUGCCUGAAUGUUAAGAAACCUUUGAGCACACACGCCGAAGACCAGCUAGAAACACUUCUUUCCGGUCUCAAAGACGUCAAGCACCCGUUUGUGAGACUCACAGCUUUCCAGGAGAUUGUGUACAUGUCACAGACAGCAGAGGAGAGAAAAUUCUUUUACAAAAACACGACGAACUGGACCUCCAUUCUUGAGCAGUGCUCGAUCGUGAUCCGCAGCGUGUCUAUGGCUGUGACGGCAGAUCUGAGCAUCCCGAAGGUGAUUCAAACCCCGGUCCAGAAAAGCAGCAUUUUUGGAAACUCGGGCUCCUCUAGAUCGCCCGUAGACGAGGACAAACCAGACAAGAAAGUGGACUCGCUCUUCUUACCUGCCGAAAAGCCGAAACCAAAGCCAAAAUCGUUCUUGGAAACGAUUCAAGACAAAAUUACAAGUUUUGGAAAAAAUGUGAGAAAACCAGAGUUGCUUGUGAAACUGGAAAGGGAGUCCCGCAGCAAGAACACGCGCGAGGUGCUCGACUGCGUCUUGUCCAACUUAGGGUUUCUGGAAGACAUAUUUCUCCCCAACAUUGAGCGUGAGGCUUCCAAACGGGUGCCCAAUAAAGUGUUGGUGGGUGAUGCAGUGCUAGUGAUAUCUGAGGUGUUAUUACACGCCAAACACGAGGACCGCAAGAACGUUGUUACUCCUACGCUGACUGAGGUGCUCACGCUUCUGACUCGUCUUUAUAAAGCCACAGCAGAGUUUCUCUCCGAUCCGCCUGCCAAAGAUACAGGCAGCUGUUGCAUCCGCGAGCUGAACGAGUUGGCUCUGGAUUAUUUUUUCAAGCUGGUGGUUCAGUACAACUCUGUACUGAACGACCUGAUACUAGCUCCAGACGUCUUCAAGUUUGCCAAAUGGUGCACGGACACCGCGCUGGACGAGAAAAUGGAAUGGUGAUUAUUUACGUGAGUAUAUAUAUCCGUCUAAUUAGAGGCUGGAAAGAUUAUUUCUUGUCAUUUUGCUUUGCCGGCAGAUUAUCCAGCAGCACCGGCUUCAGUACGUUUUCGUCAAAGUUGGUGAACCAUUUAGCGUGUUCGUCGACGCUCAGGAUGUUGCUAAGGAGGCCAGAUUGAGACCUACUUGGCUGGUCCUGCAAAGGCCGCGCGGCGUUUCCAGAGGUCGAUCCUGGGCCAGGGAAGCUGGCCAGAGUGUUUUCAGGCAGCUGUGCGUGAUCUUCAAACUCGGUGUCUCUCAUCAGGUCGUCCUGGGAAGGGUUUCUGGACCGUGGAGGCACGUUAUCUGUGUAAUGCGAGGCACUGGCGGAGGCGAAAUUCUUGUUACUGAUCAUUCCGUUCGGAUUCUUUCCGUAGAACGUGGAUGCUGGCGCAGGCACUCUUGGCGCCUCGAUGUCGAACUCGUCGUCGCUGGCAUUUUCCUCUACGCAGCCGGUUUUGAUAUUGAGCAUUUCUAGCAUUCCGGCAGUGGUUCCUCCAAAGAGAAUCACCGUCAGAACCACCACGACCAAGACGGUAGCCAGAAGUGCAGACUUGGACUCGCCCUGUAGUCCCAUGGCCAGAGCCACUCCCACGGCUCCUCGGAGACCGGCCCAAAAUUGCAUCAUUUGGUAGUUGUAUGGAAUUUCGUCCUGCACAGCUGUAGGCGCCAGUCCGCGUCUUGCUCCCUUUGUGCGCGCAAACCAGUUGAUGGCACGGCCCAGCGGGAACACUGCUGCCCAUCUGGAAAUGCAGAUGGAGAUGAAUGUGACAAUGAUGAGCACGGGCUUGAACACAAGCUCCACCUCAGUGAACAGCGACAAUCCAAGAUAAAUGAAGAUAAAGUUCUCUGAAAGCUGGGCCAGCAGCUGGAAGAUGUACUUGGUUGCAAUCUGUGUGCGUCUCGACAUAUUGUAAUAGGCGUAGUGCUUCAUUGUGAUGCCACAGAAAAGCAGUGAGACAAUUCCUGACAUGUGACACCCGUUGGAGAAGAAGUAGGACUCGUACGCAAACAACAGCACCAAACACGUUUCAAUCUGAGGAUACCGUCUGAUGUGGGAGUGUUUGAGCACGAGAGCAACAAGAAUUCCCACAACAAGGCCAAUAAUGGUGCUGAUGGUGAAUGUCAUGAGAAACAUUCCAAUUCCUUCGAAGAAGCUGGAAAACUCUGCGCUGGUGCCAUGAAACUUCUCGCAUGUCUCGAACAUGACGAUACAGAUAGCAUCGUUCAGAAGCGACUCGCCGAAUAUGAUUGUGUAUAACUUUGGAUCGACUUUAUAGGAGUUGAAAAUAGACAGAAUGGUGACAGGGUCCGUGGCAGAAAGCGUGGCACCGACAGCCAAGGCGUCCACAAAUGACAUACCGAUGCUCUCAAUGCCCAAUUUCGUGUAGAUGUACAAGAUGAUACCUAAGACCAUCGCACUAAUAAAUGUUCCAGGGAUUGCAAAAGUGAGAAUGGACCCUAUAUUUCGGAAGAAGUUUGCCUGGUGCAACUCGUAUCCGGAGUUGAGAAUAAUGGGCGGCAGCAAAAUGUUGAAAAAGUAGCUCGAUUUGAAUUUCACUGCGUCCUGAAUGUAAUGGCCGGGACUGAUUCUGAUGAUAAGACCAACCACCAUGCCGUAAAAUAUGGAAAGAACGGUUUCAUGAAUGGCCUUGAUCCGUUUCUGUUGCAGAUAGUACGACGACCAUAAUGCGGAGCACAGCAAAAACAGAACAAUGAAGAGGGCCCAAGAGGAGAAAAUCUCCUCUGCCAUUGGGUUUGUCUCAUCUAGGUUGUCAUCUGAAGGGAGCCCUGUAUCGGGACUAUCACUUAUGGGCUCUUCAUCUAUUGGGUCCGCUGGAUCCACCUGCUUGGCCA